GUAUAUAGAAUGAACCGGCUCUUCUACAACACUCCUUUCAAUUCUUACUAAUUUGCUAACCUAUCCUCCUCUCCCUCUUUCUUCCUAAGGAUAUUAGGGUUUAUCGCUCACCCUCUUUCUCUCGCAAAAAAUACCCCUCCCCCUCUCGAUGCAGAUGGAUCCAACAAAGAAGCGCAAGCUCGAAGAAAACGGCAUCGUAUCAUCCACCACCGAUCUAGACUCUCCUUACAAACUAACCCCUCAAGACGCCCGCAAGAUGAUGGAACGCUUCACGCCUGACCAGCUCCUCGAUAUUCUUCAAAACGCCGUCGUACGCCACCCAGACAUCCUUGAAGCCGUCCGAUCCAUCGCAGACCCCGACGCCACGCAACGGAAGCUCUUUAUCCGCGGCCUUGGCUGGGAAACCACAACGGAAAAUCUCCGAAAUCUGUUCUCUACUUACGGCGAAUUAGAAGAAGCGGUUGUAAUCCUUGAUAAAAACACCGGAAAGUCGAAAGGGUACGGUUUUGUUAUCUAUAAGCAUGUCGAUGGUGCGUUAUUGGCUUUGAAAGAGCCCAGUAAGAAAAUUGAUGGGCGCGUGACUGUCACGCAACUAGCGAUAGCGGGGAAUUCAGGUGCCAAUAAUAACAAUAAUUCUUCAGCCAAUCCUGGUGUUGUUGAUGUUGCAAUGCGGAAGAUCUAUGUAGCGAAUGUGCCGUAUGAAAUGCCGUCGGAUAAGUUGUUGAAUCAUUUUGCGCAGUAUGGGGAGAUUGAGGAGGGUCCGUUAGGUUUUGAUAAGCAAACAGGGAAAUCGAAAGGGUUUGCGCUUUUUGUUUAUAAGACGGCAGAAGGAGCGCAGGCUGCUUUAUUAGAGCCGGUGAAGAUGAUUGAAGGGAGGCAGUUGAAUUGUAAGUUAGCAAUUGAUGGGAAAAGAGGGAGGCAGCCUGGCGGGGGGCAAGGACCAGGGCAAGAUGGAUUGCAAGGACAGGUGCAGGGUGGGAAUGUUCAUGGAGAUGGUGGAAUGGGGAUGGUGCUGCAGACAGGGUAUGGCGCGCCAGGUGGAUAUGGUUCUUAUGGUGGUGCGUUUUCGAGUGGCGUGCCGCCAAUGGGUGGUCAUCAGCAGCAGCACCAUCAUCCUGCUGCUCCUUUGAAUGCUUCACUGGGUGGGCCUGGGUUGGGGUCUCAGGGGGUAGUUGGUUUGAGUGGUACUGGGGGUGGUAGUUAUGGCCCACCUUAUGGUGGGUAUGGUGGACCAGGUUCUACAGGAUAUGGUGGAUUGGGUGGUGGUGGUGCCGGCGUCGGUGCUUCUGUUGGUGCGUCUUCAUCGUUUAGGUUGCCACCAAGUUCAGUGGGAAUGCCUACUGGUGGAUAUCCAGAUCCUGGGCAGUAUAGCUUGUCAUCAUCAAAUGCUUCAUUUCCAAGUCAGCAUCAGGGAGCAUCCCCUGCACCAAGGGUUCCAUCUGGGGGAAUGUAUCCAAAUUUGCCACCUUACUAUUGAGAAUAAUGUGCACUAGAUUUCAUGGAACUUGUCCUUCGAAGAGAAGUUUUACAAAUUGGUUAAAGUGGCUGGCAUCAUGGUUUCUGUUUGCUUUUUUCCGUAAGAUAUAUCCUUCUAUCCGUCAGUUCAUAUCGUAGUUUGUGUACCUUAGACUAUUUAGCUUCUAUUGGAUGUUGCCAGCUCAUCCUCUAUUCUUCUCAUGCCUUUAUCGGAACCUAGGAUAUCAUAGUGGUGUGUUUUUUUGGGUGGAUGUCUUCUAGCUGCAUUUAUAAUAACCAAAUCUCCUUAAACAUAAUUAUUUUAGGUGUAAAAACAUGGUUCUGUACUUGAUAUUUUUUUUUCAUUUCUACUUAAAUCCUUUAUUAUUUGUGGAUUUUAGAUAAGAUUGAAAUUACAUCCCUAGGUUUUUCGACUUGUGGAUUUUAUCCUAUAUGUGAAUUAUCUUUUUCUUGGGGUUGUCCAUUUUCUUCUCGCACAACUCUGUGUUGUUUCCUCGUGAGAAGAGAACAGAGAUGUUUGUGUUCCAGUACUAGUUUCACUGGUAUUAGGUGCCUUAAAAGGUUAUCAACAAUUUUCAUGCUAAGAUGCUGCCAGGAAGUUGAUUUGACACCAUUAAUGUUAGGUACUUUUGCUGUGAAAUUAGCUGCUCCAGAAAAUGUGAUUCGGCACACCUUUGUCCUAACAACUGUCACUCCUCUUUUUACCUUUUACUUUAUUGUUUAUUGUUUUGGUGAGAGGAAUAUGAGAUGACCAGGAUAGAGUUCAAAGGCUAAGUGGGGGGGAUAGCUUCGGUGACAUGCAUAGCAUAUGAGGGUUACAGGUUGGUUGAGAAUUAGGCCUUCUGUAUUCCAUGGAGAUGAAGGGAGGAGGGUUGGUAUCUGCCACAGCAGUUUCAACACCUAAUCUGGUUGUUAUCACGGAAGCUGUUGUAGCUAGGGUGGUGGAGAAAGAUCAACCAAGUUUUAUUGGCGAGUUCAUUGACGCCGGACAUGGUGACGGGUAGUAGUUAAUUCGGUGGGUGUUGGAAAUAAUUCUCAAAACAGCUGGUGCAAAUAUGUAUAUUCGGCCAUGAUUAUAACGGCACGAUUAAUUUCCUACAAGUUGAUUGAUUCUGUGGAUUGUUAGGCAUAUAUUUUCUCCUUUUGUCAAGUCGGUUGGAGAUUCUAA